AAGCCAAGUUCAUCAUGUUUAUCUUUUGGUUGCGGAUUGUUCCGAUUUCUUGUUUCCUGUCAUGAGCUUAUGGAACUAUCUAUUAAAUUCUGAGCACCUCGAGCUUUUAGACGCUGUGGAAGCUAGAAAGACAGCAGCUCUUGCAGGAGACUCGCACAUCGAGUCUUGGAGAAUCCGAUACCGACUGAAAACGGUUUGCGUAGCGUUGGUUGUUUGUUUGAAUGUGGGAGUAGACCCACCGGAUGUUGUCAAACCCAAACCCUGUGCAAGGCUCGAGUGUUGGAUAGAUCCAACCGCCUUACCUUCUCAAAAGGCGAUAGAAUCAAUUGGAAAAGCUUUGCAACUUCAGUAUGAACGUUGGCAACCCAGAGCGCGUUACAAGGUUGCUGCAGACCCUACAGUAGAAGAAGUCAAGAAGCUUUGUGUGAGUCUUCGUAGAAGUGCCAAAGAAGAGCGUGUUUUAUUUCACUAUAACGGUCAUGGGGUACCUAGACCAACAGCUAAUGGAGAAAUUUGGGUUUUUAAUAAGAACUACACACAGUACAUUCCCCUGUCGUUGUACGACUUGCAGACUUGGCUCGGAGUUCCGUCUAUUUACGUCUUUGAUUGUUCUUCAGGAGGUUUGGCUCUUUCGUGCUUUCUACAAUUGGCAGAGCAUCGGAUAAACGAGCAAAAAACAGCACAGAUUGAAGGACGUAUCCAACAGGAGGACACACAAGCUGCUUAUUUUCAAGACCGUAAAAUUACUGAACGAGAGUCUCCAUCAGCUUCAGAUUUCUCUAACCUUACGGAGUCCUCUUCUUUCAAAGAUUCUAUUCUUCUUGCGGCUUGUCGAGGAGACGAGGUUUUGCCUACCAAUCCUAAUUAUCCAGCGGAUAUUUUCACGGCUUGUCUUACAACUCCAAUUAAGAUAGCUCUUCGUUGGUUUCUUAGUCGUACGAUGGUCUCGGGUCUCAGUGUUGAAAUGUUAGAUCACAUACCGGGCAAAUUGAAUGAUAGGAAGACUAUGCUUGGAGAGUUGAACUGGAUAUUCACUGCUAUCACAGAUACGAUAGCAUGGAAUACAUUACCAAGACCACUAUUUAAGAGGCUUUUCAGACAAGAUUUACUUGUUGCAUCCUUAUUUCGAAAUUAUAUAUUAGCGGAAAGAGUCAUGAAGUCUCUCAAUUGCACGCCUGUGACGCACCCUGAACUACCACCCAUGUAUAACCAUCCAUUGUGGCAGUCAUGGGACUACACAGUGGAGUUGUGUUUGGCACAGUUACCCGCAAUUUUGUCGAGUGCAGAAGCAGCUGGAAUAUCAAGAGAGUCUAUAGACGGAUCUUUAGCGUCAGUUCCCAGCCCAACCGUCUCAGAUUCACAGUCAGUGGAUAGUGUCAAUUUUUCAGAGGAUAAUAGAUCAAGUAGAUAUAUUGACCAGGUCCCUUAUGAUCCAAUCCCAUUUUUUGAUGAUCAGAUAACCGCGUUUGAGAUUUGGUUAGAUAUGGCCGAUGAGCAGGAAGACGCUCCAGAACAACUUCCCAUCGUACUGCAAGUUCUUUUGAGUCAAUCUUAUCGGUUGCGAGCGUUGCGUUUAUUAUCUCGUUUCUUUGAGUUGGGAAGCUGGGCAGUUGAUCUGGGUCUUUCAGUUGGUAUUUUCCCUUAUGUGCUGAAAUUGCUUCAGAGUCCUUCUAAAGAAAUACGAGAGGAACUUGUCUAUAUUUGGGGCAAGAUCGUUUGUCAAGAUCACUCUUGUGCAGUAGACUUGGUGAGGGAUGGUGGGCAUCUGUAUUUUGUCGACUUUUUAGAAUAUGAAGAUACUCCUGAAGAAUGUAAGACGAUGGCACUUUACGUCUUGUCAGUAGUUUCAACUGUCUUGCCUGAUAAAUUGAAGGAGACGAGGAUAAUGAACACCCUAAUUAGCCAAUGCAAAGAUAUGCAUAGUGCAAUGGUCAGGAAGUGGGCCUUUUUGUGUUUAGCGAAAAUGUUUAAACAUGUUCCUUCGGCAAUCGACGAAGUUGUGAAUCUCGACGAAUUGAUGCGUUUAAUAGUUCUUUCCACGAGACAAGACGAGUCUCCAGAGGUUCGGGCUUCGGUUCUGUAUACUUUGGAAUUCUUUCCACCAGUGAAGGUUGUUUACUUUCAAAACGAAGCCUUCGAUUUACCACCUUCUCUAAUGCCUCUUUCUUUUGACGAUGCUGUUCUUCCCCUGAUUUUAUAUUUGAUUCACGUUUGUUCCCAGGAGGCAUCUCCCAUUGUCCGUCGAGAAGCUGCUAAACUUGCUGUUAGAACCAAGAAGCAUCUAAGAGAACAAAAUGUUUCAAGUACAGAGCAUGAUAAUAGAACAGUUCAUAUUGUCUUAGAAUUCCUUUAUGAGGUUUUAAAAUAUCUUUCGACCGAUCCUCAGACUGAGAUUUCCGCUCUUGUACAAGAAGUAUUGAAAGAUACAAGUGUUUGUACUAAUGACGAACAGACGCAACGUGGAACCUUACAAAAAAGAUCAGGAGAACAUACAGAUGCGACAUCGAAUGUAUCUUCGUUGUCUUCAUCACCAGGCUCCUUGGAAGAAGCAUUACCUACUCGAAAAGACUCACUUUCAAGAAGCACGAAUUCCAUGCCUCGGGUAAUGUCAAUAGAAGGAAUUAGUCAACUUUUUCGUGGUUUUACUUCAAAGGGAAAGUUUCAAGAGGCUUCAUUAAAGUCAAAUAGCUUUCCCCAAUAUUCACAUUCUGUUGGUCGAGAAGCAGUUGUUUCAGAUAGACCGUGGCAUCUUCCAUCCUUAUAUGACUGGAGUCAAGGAACUAUAAUGUAUCUGCGAGCACCACAUUCAGUUGAAACUCCCAAUCUCUAUCCCAACUCAACUUUUGGAGUCAAAGAUAUGACAACGUUGAGUAAUUGGAGAGCCGUUUCUAGAGUGGAUAGUGAUAGCAUUGCCGACUCCAAAGUGAAGUCUCUUAAAGAAGUUGCCAUUUUGGAUAUGGGAGGUGGCUCCGUGACUUCGCUGGCUUUUGGCACUGGUACAACUUUAUUAGUUGGUUCUUCAAAAGGAGAAUUAAGUGAAUGGGACUAUCAAAAAGGUAUUCGGAAGCAAUCAUUCCUGAAUAGUGAGGAUGCAGUCAGUCAUAUAUUUUAUGGAGGAGAUAUGGAGCUUAAGUAUAUAGAUGACAACUUUAGCAUCGUAAUAACAGGUUCGAAAUAUGGGCAAGUGAAAAUUUGGCGUUUGUACAAAGACAAGCCUACUGUACGAUUAAUAAGCAGCUGGCGAAAUUUCGACCGUACAUAUUAUGACAGUUCCAUUCAGAAUAGAAAAAGGCUUGUCAUGUCGUGCAACACUUUUACGGCUCGAGUAGCUUCCAAUUCUAGUGGCUUCUUAAAUAUUUGGGAUAUUCCCUCGGAGCGUCUUUUAAAGAGAUAUUAUUUAGGUGAGAAAACAGAACUAUGCAGUGCAUCUUGGACUUGUCCUAUAGAAAUCAUGGGACCGCAUGUUGUCUUCAGUGGCACUAGUAAUGGAAAUAUUAUAUUGGCAGAUACUCGUUGCUCUGAAGAUGAGAUUACCACAAUUCAGGUUGACGAUAUACAUGGCCAUAGGGAGGUGAUUUCUGUUGAUUCACAAAGGACAGCUGCGUGUGAUCGCUUGCUUUCAGCAUCAGGCUCGGGACGCAUUGCUAUCUGGGACCCAAGAAAAAUAACGCAGAAAAGAGAAAGUCUUAUGUUAGAACUGGAAGCGUAUCGGGGUGAAUUGAGCACGAUGACUGCAAGAAGUAAUGCAUCCACAAUCUUCGCGGGCUCCGGCAAGAACUGUGUAAAAAUUUUCGGAAGCCAAGGAAGUAUGUUGAGAAUGAUUCGAUAUCAUGAAGGUUCUAUGAGUACACAAAUUGGUCCUGUCACUUCCAUUGUUUGUCACCCUGAAAGCCCUAAGUUUGCAUUCGGUUGUUCAGAUUCUGUGGUUUCUGUCUAUGAUUAGCUUUACUGAUUGAACACUAGUAACAAGCACCUUGAUCUCGUGUAAUUUUAGUACGAGAGACGUUGCUUCUGCUUUCUGAACGUAUUGACCAUAGAAUUAUCUAUUUCGAGUUCGGCAAAAGAAGCUACAAAAUGACAAGAACUUGUCUGGACGAUAAGCAAUUUUACGCUCUUGACGAAUACCCAUGAGUCUCGUUUGAUUAUUAAUUACUAGCUUCUAAUAUUUUCAUUACGUUGUACGUUACUUCGUUGGUUUCCACUUAAAACUAUGUAGUUUUUCACGAAGGGUCUAAGCAAGAAGCAUCUCUUCCUAACGUCGAUUUGGUUUCUGAAGUAGUGAAAUGAAAUUU